AUGAUAUGCUUAAGACCUGACUUGCAGCGUGCAUGGGCCGAAGGCCGAUUCGCUUUACGUCCGAUGAACCUCUCCGAGGAUAAGAAAACCAUGGACCUUGAAUUCCACUGGAUGCCUAGAUAUGACCACGCAUAUGACUCAACCAUAUCUAUUGUUCAACAGCCUUUGUCAACAAGGAACAUUGAUAAAGUCGACGAGUGUUUUAUCUUUCGAAAAUCGGGGGAGAGUGUGGUUUCUGGGAACAUUUUUAAACUUACUACGUCUGAUCCUGUCCGACUUCCUUUGCCAAGUUUUGAUUUGCUUGAAAUGGCCUGCACCUUGCCCGUAUAA